GCCCCUUCCCUCCCCACUGCAGCUACGCUCUCCCACUCUAUCAAGGCUGUGGGUCAGUGAAGUGCCGUUCCUAUUGCUGUGCUGAAGCCGUGCCCAAUAUCAGGAAGGAGGGUAGUAGUAUACCAGCAACGGCGGUGGGAAGGCGACGGCUCACCCGGAGACCAAUUGACGACCAAGGAUAGCGAGUACACCGAACAGCAAUCAUGGGAAAUGAAGCAAGCUAUCCGUUGGAGAUGUGCUCUCAUUUUGAUGCAGAUGAGAUCAAACGGCUAGGCAAGAGGUUUAAGAAACUUGAUUUGGACAACUCAGGCUCCCUGAGUGUAGAGGAGUUCAUGUCCUUACCAGAGUUGCAGCAAAAUCCACUUGUCCAGCGAGUAAUAGACAUCUUUGACACAGAUGGGAACGGAGAAGUAGAUUUUAAAGAAUUUAUAGAGGGAGUGUCGCAGUUCAGUGUCAAAGGUGAUAAAGAACAGAAACUGAGGUUUGCUUUUCGCAUAUAUGACAUGGACAAGGAUGGCUAUAUCUCCAAUGGUGAGCUUUUCCAGGUGCUGAAGAUGAUGGUUGGAAACAAUCUGAAGGACACCCAGUUACAGCAAAUAGUAGACAAAACGAUUAUUAAUGCAGAUAAAGAUGGCGAUGGAAGAAUAUCCUUUGAAGAAUUCUGUGCUGUCGUAGGAGGUUUAGAUAUCCACAAAAAGAUGGUCGUAGAUGUGUGACUUCACAACUGCACCCAACACUUUUGCUUUCUUCUCCAUCUCUGAAGAUCUGCUCAAGACGUCCAGCAAUGCUCUGUGUAUUUUAAAUGGAAGUAUUUUUCUCUGUGAAGCCACAUUUUCCAUCAUGAGCCUCAUGAAGCCAACUUAGUGUUAUUGAACUUUUGAUUCUCUCAAUAACUCAGUGUAGCACUUUAAAGUCUGAAGGACAGCAAGGUGGGAAGAGCAUAAUGUGGUGGUGAUAAGGGAGUUGGCUUUUUAUUUAUUUUUUUCUCCAUCUUUUAUAACAAGGAAUAUAUAUAUAGCUUUCUAAGUAGUGAUUAGGUGAAAGUUAAUUUAAUAUACUUGAGUUAAAUACAAAACUAGAUUACAAAAGUGCCAAGCAGAACAUAACCCGUUCAUUACAUGAAUAUAAAUCCUUACUUUUAUUUCACACCGUUUUAUAUAUAUAUAUAUUGUAGAAGAAUGUAUACUUUACACUGUUUGGUCAUGGAUUUUCUUUUCUUUUUUGUGAUUUUUUUUUUUUUCUUCUUCAAAUGUUUAUAUGUUAACUGGUUUGAUCAACACUUGUUUCCUGUCUACGUUACAUUUUUUUUUUUUUUUUCUAACACCGGAAAAUUGUUUGUUUUAUUUAUACAUUUUAAUAUGUUACCAGGGACUAUAUCUCUUGCUUUCUAAAAUGUAGCUGAAUGUUACUGCCAAGAGAAGAACCCUUUGUGCACAUUGCAACUGUACAGAGCUUGAGGGCCACUUCAUACAGCUUUUCAUAGUUUCUGAGGGGAGCCACUGCAUCUUUCAUUGAUAUCAUGAAUGCAGCUGCUGCAUUGGAUAAAUUCUAAGAGGAACUGUCUUUUGUAAUGACCAACUUGAUUUACAUAACUGUCGGUGCUAAAUGUCAUACUGGCACCUAUGAUGAUUUUUUUUAUAUAUGUGGGGGGAAAAAAACAAAUAUGUUCCCUUUAAAGUCUUUGUAUAAGAAAUGAAUGCCCCACCAAACUGAAGGAUACAAGCUACUGCAGCCAGCAUGACUGGUAAUAUUUAAAUACAUGUAUAUUGGGUAUAGAUGAAAAUAAGCUGUUUUUUCCUUCUCAGUCUUUUUACCUGGAAAGAUCACCCAUUUUCUGUGUUUGUGUCGAUAUUACAUUUGUGUGAUAUAAAAGUAGAGACCCUUUUUCUGCUCUGGUACUAUUGGCUGGAAGAUUUAAAAAAAAGUUAUGACUGUACAUUUUUUGAAGCAUUUUUAAAACCUCUUAAAACUGUCCGGUUUAAUUUCCCCUGUAUUCAAGCACCAAUCUGCCAUAGUUGUUCCUUCAACUGAGUGCUUCACAUCAUGGGCUCUGUCUGUGCGAGAGAAAUUCAGGUGCUUGAUGUCUUUGCAUGACAUGGAGUUUGCAUGUAGAUCGAUUUGAAAUGUUCCUCUUGUUUACAUAAUUUGCAUCAUAUUAAAAAAGAAAAUUGCCAAACGUUGGUAUAUGUUAAUGUUCAAUAAUAAAAAUAAAUCUCCACUACAUGUAACUUUCUUCCUCUGGAUCAGUACAUGGUUCAUUAUCCCAGCCAGUGGUUCUGUUCCGUUGUCAGCCAUGUGUUCUGCUUCAAGGGGAAACUAGUCUCUUGUGAUUUUUUUUUUUUCUCCUUUAUUUUUGUACAGAAGUUGUGUUACAAACAUUUUAGCAUAUGCUUUCUUUCUCUUGCUUGUGCAUAUCUUGGCUGGCGUAUAUAAAAAAAAUAGACUAACCUUUUUCCUUUGUUGGAGAAUUAUUGUUUUUUUUUUAGUUUGUGUGGGGAAAAUGGUUUAUGUUGAAUGUUUAAUUUUUUUCCUCUGCAUGCUAUAUAACUUGUAGGAACAUUAGAAUUCUUCAUACUGUAUGAAUAAAACAUUGAAACUUGUUA